AUGUUCGUUCCGAUGAGCCGGCCGUCGCUGCCGCACCUACUCUGUACUUUCCUGUUCCUGCUGCAAUUGGGUCGUGCUACGGAACAUGAGCCGCUCGUGACCCCACUAGCAAGCCGACAGGAGAGUGUCUCCUUGUUUUCCUUCAGCGAUACAUGGCACGUCCUGGGGCCUUUUCAGAUGGGAACUCGAGAGGCGACAUGGGGCGCAGAUCCACUCGAGUACUAUGGCGGCUUCAGAAACCUCCAAUAUGACCCCAAAGCAACAUUCCGAAGCUCAUUGCCCACUAACGGAACCGCAUCGUGGAAUGUCACCCAAGCCGUGAGGACCAUGAGCGAUGCUACGUCGGCCAACGCCUCCUUGAGUGUGGCCUAUUCAAACGUUGACUGGGACUUCCUGAAGGUCGUAUAUGGAUGGGCUGCCGUGCAAUAUCAGGCCUGGGCUCGUGGCGAACUUCACGUCGGCGGCAACGAGACUCAACACCUAGUCUUACACACAGAUACUAUUCUGGAAUUCUGGGUGGAUGACCAGCACUACUUUGGGGGAGAUUUCUAUACUUAUCGCAAGGCGCCUCCUGUUCUGCAUCUCCAACCUGGCUCGCACAGAAUUGACAUUCGUCUAGCUCGCGACGUGAGAGCUUUUGGUGGUAUUCUGGAGCCUACCAUUGAUGUUGUUGUUGACGUGCAAAAGGCCAUAGGAUCUUUGGAGCUUGCAAAACCUGGUAUUCUAGUGUCCGAUGUCGUCGACGGAAAGCCUGCCUCGUCAAUUGGAUCAGUGUACUUGAGAAAUACCGGGGAAGAGGAAAUUGAAAUCCUGAGCAUUCAGCACUCAAGUGUGAGCCUUUAUGUCUCUUUCGCGGAGUUGGCAAUGGGCGCGCAGUCAUUGUUACGCAAAGAUACUGAUAUUGCUGACCAGGGAAAUCCUAACACGUCGCGUGACUCGCAUAUGUCCAACAUUAUUGUUCCUGGUCAAACGAAAUCCAUCGCCUUCAAUAUCACUCUCCAUGGUAGCAACACUUCAUCUGUGGAUUACGAUAUUACAUAUAAGACAGUUGGUGGUACGCGCCAAAACAUCCUGCGUGCGUCCCAAACUCUGAACCAUAUCGGUCUUUACAGACCCCACAAGGUCACAUUCCUCCACCCUGGUGGCAUGGCUUCGUACGCCAUGCUUCGACCCCCAGCAAAAAAUGCAACAUGCCCAUCAGGACAAUUAAAACUACCCGUAUUGCUGCAACUCCACGGAGCAGGCCUCGAGGCUGACAACCCUAUGGUUACUGGCGCCCUGGAUCCGGUUUCUGACCUCUGUGCUUGGGUACUGUUUCCUACUGGUGUCACACCGUGGUCCGGUGACGACUGGCACAACUGGGGUUUCGCCGACGUUGAAGCGGCAAUUGCGGCAAUUCCAGACUGGAUCGACAACAAUCGCUGGACAGGCUACGAUGUUGAUACGAACCGUUGGAUAGUCUCAGGACAUUCCAAUGGCGGACAGGGUACUUGGUUUGCCCUUACUCAUAGACCUGACAAAGUGCUCGCUGCAGCACCAGUCUCCGGUUACGCCAGUAUCCAGAUGUACGUGCCAUAUCACCUGUGGCAAGCUGCAGAUCCUGGUCGCACAGCGGUCGUCAGUGCAUCCAUCAACAGCUAUCGUCAUGAGAUGCUUAUGCCCAACGCGCAUGGCAUACCCGUUCAACAACAGCAUGGUGAAAUUGACGACAAUGUUCCAGCAUAUAAUUCCCGCCUACUGGCAGAACAGUUAUUCCGCACUGGAGUUAGCCCUGGUGUCACUGGAGCCAAAGCCAGAUACAACGAAGUGGCAGGACAAAAUCACUGGUGGGAUGGUGUCAUGACAACACCCGAGUUAGUAGACUUCUAUUAUACCCAGACAAAGAACGACGAUACUCUGCCGCGGAAGAUGGAGCAUUUCCUCAUCUUGAUCGGCGAUCCUGGAGACAUGGGUAGUAAGAAUGGGAUUCAGGUAAAACAGUUAGAGGAUCCAGGACGCUAUGGCAAGGUUGGUGUUCGAGGGCACGUUAUCAAGACGUCCAAUGUCCGAAGUCUUGAGUUUAAUCCCACUAUCUGGAGGGAGUCGGUCACAAUCGAUGGGAAGGACUUGAGUCUAGCUGAGACAAUAGCGGCGACUGUCUCUCCCAUCAGUGUUUACAAGUCAGAUGAUGGCUGGACCAUCGGCACACGUACUACAGACUCCACGCGACCUGAGAGGACUGGUCGACAGCUGGGCUCUAUGACCGCUAUCCUUCGUACCCACGGGCCAUUCGUCAUCCAGCACCCAGGCUCUGCUAAUUCAUCUCGCCUUGCGUUGCAGGUUUCACGCAAUUUACACCAGUAUUUCCAAGCAAACACUUACAUUCUUUCCUCCGCAUUAGAUCCUCCUUCUCCGAACCUCACUGGCAACAUCAUCACUUUAGCAACCGGCUCCAGUCUCGAGGCUAGUCAGACGGAUUUCCCAAUCCACGUCGGAAAGUCCGGGAUCACCAUACGGGGUUACCGGGGACAGGCACAUCGAUACGGCCAGGAAGCUAGAGCUGCUGCAUUCUUGCGACCACUUGCAGGCGAGCGUCUUGAGCUUGUCGUUUGGGGUGCGGAUGAUGAGGGGUUACGACAAGCGUCUCGGAUUGUCCCGAUGCUGACGGGUGUCGGACAGCCUGAUUUUGUGGUCUUCGGUGAAAGCGCAAAGUGGAAAGGUAUCGAGGGCGUGUUAGCCAUGGGCUUCUUUGACUCUGACUGGGAGGUCACUCCAAGUAGUAUCAUAGAAAGCGAAUGA